UUUCAGGUGCCCAUUCCUCUUCCUCCUCAACGCCGCCGUUUUCUAGCAAUCAAAUGGCUGAUCACCGCUGCUCGGGAACAGCAGAAAACAAAUAAGAACGCAAGAAUGUACAAGAAACUGGCGAAAGAACUUCUCAAUGCUUACAACAAUGAGGUAACAAAUUAAUGAUUCCGAUACACCAUGCACGUGUCACUUUAAUAUUACGUUACUGAUUUUGGACAGAAUUUUGUGUUUAAUUGACCAAAAUGGAUAGAGGCGCGCAUUUUAUUUACGGAUAAGGAAAAGAACAGCUGCCUUCAAAGUAAAGUCGAACCCCUUUUAAUACGGACCAUAAAGGCCGGGCCAUAGAAAAUGUCCUUAAUAAUGUGGUGUCCGUAUUAAGCGGGCGUCCAUAAAGCGGGCUUCGACUGUACUAUCGACCGCCUGGUCGUCCAAAGAGAUAACAGUAUGGGUCAAGCAUUCAAGGUAGCGUUAAAUAGCCACCAAACAAACGUGGCCAUAGAGUCAUGGCCCAUUCAAAGAUAGUGGCUCUGUCCAUUCAAGCCGAGAUAUUUUUGAAGCCGCACAUUUUAUUUUUGUUCACGAAUCGGCCUUCUGUCCACUCGAAACCAAUGCUUACCGAAACUGCAUCUUUUUUAAACCACUUUUCAGAGUGGUUUGCCCCUCCACACGAAUCCGGGUGAGCAAUAAUGUGGUUUUGAAAAUGUCCGGUUUCGUGUGGACGGGUAAUUUGGGACCAAAGUUCGUUUAAACAGCGAAUUUAUAUCUAGACGAUUUAUCCGUCUCAGACGGAUAAUCCGUCUUAAGUAUAAUUUCGGCCAAAAGGGAGCUUUGGUAACGACGACGGCGAAAGCAACGGCAUCGAUAACCAAAACAACUUUGCGAGUGCGUCACGCCUUUUUGUACAUUUCCUUGCCGUUAUUGUACGACUAUGACGUAAAACUUCCUAAAUUUCACCUUUUGUGCAGGACUUGAACACAAGACCACGACUUCCUAAUUCUUUUCCUGAACUUCGAUAGUCUUCAGAAUUCAACUCCCGAAAAAAUUGCCAACAUUUGAUGAAUUGAACGAGGUGGAAUAAUCUCGAUAAAGUUUGAAACAGCGCAAAUUCACUUUUAAGCGACGUUUUGGUAUCCGUGGCCGUCGUUGUUGCUUAAGCUGCCUACUGCAUAUAUCUUAUCCAAGUCGGGUGUAAGUUUUUAAGGGGGUUUCAUUCGUGGCAAGUAUGUGACUCAACUCGAAAAUUCAUCGUUUUACACGCGAUACUUUUGUUAUAUCAAUAGGGUACCGUGAUAAAAAAGAAACGCGAACUACAUAGGCGAGCAGAAGACAACAGAGCGUAUGCACACUAUCGAUGGUGGUAG